AGCGAAUAUCAUUGAAAUUCCUCAGAAUUCUUUAGCGUCAUCGUUUAAUCGAUCAUUUGAUCGGAAUGGUCGCAUGUUCUCGCAUAUUUUCCGCUUCGCUCGAUUGUCAUCAUAAGCAACACGAUCACUUCUUUCAGAGCAAGCGAGAUGCCGAUUCCGAUGCCAAAACCACAAUCGCAGCAUCGUCACCAUCGUGUGGAUGCGUUGUGGGACAGCAAUGCUGACAAAUAUCGUGUUGCUUGUCGAUCAGUGCAUGUUAUGAGGGCGACCCAGUUCAUCGGAUAUGGCCAGCUUCUCGUCAUUGGAUUAUUCACUAUCACACUGCUUUUCUUCUAUGGAAAACAGUUGAAUGGAGGACUUCCAGCUGAUCACUGGCUCGCUAAUGCUGGUGGACGUUAUAUCACGUCUCUUCUCACUGCAGUUUCCCUCCAAUUAUCUCUGGUACUGAUGAUGCUUCAUGGAGUUCGCUCUCAGAGACGAUCAUUCUUGCUUCCAUUCAUCAUCUUCGCUUCCUUUGCCGUCUUCCUCGCAUUCAUCCAGGUGUCAUCUGAUCUCGUAGCAGCUUCGCAGUCGCGUGUUGGGGCCUCAUCUGGCCCACAGCUUCUGAGCCACGUUAUCGGAAUGUGCGUCCAUGUCUGGUGCGUUGCUGUCGUCUGGCGCUGCUACUGCUACCUCGGUGAUAAGAAGGUAGCGGAACAUAUUGGCGAACAACUCCAAGCCACAUCCUUGGCCUUCGCCUAUGAAUACACUCAGCCACCACCAUAUGCCGAUACUAUCGAGAAAAGUCCUUUGACGAUCGCUUAGAGUUUUACGAGCUGUUUACGAAAAGCUUUGGUAAUUCUUGUUUGACUUAGAAAUGUGGACAACGGGACCAAUGCUUACUUUAUUCCUUUGUUUUCGAUUAAUUUGGAAGCUUUUGAUAUUGGUUCUCCACACAAGUAAUGGUCUUGAUCUUAGCUUUUGAAGGAAUACAGAUACAUCAGUCGUGUUCUCAGUCGUGUGUCUCUCAUUCUCUCUGCUUUUGAGAUCAUACCCCGCAAACCUCCGGGUUUUCUGCUUCAUAUGUAUUGUAGCUGUAUUAUUUUUUAUUACAUCACUGAACAAAAUACCUACUGAGGCAUAUAUCUGUCCUGUAAUCAUGUUUUGUGUUUGGUUUUCUUUUAUUCGCAAAGACAGUAUCGAUCGAGAGUAGUGAACAUCUUCUUGAUACUAUCGUGUGUAAGUGUCGUGUUUUGUGUCUCUAGAUGUUCCUUCUUGUAUCAUACUGUUA